CUUUCAAACCUUUUUACCUUUCCCAUGGGCCAUGGCGCAAGCUUUUCUCUUUCCCUGGCGUAGUAGAAUUGGGUUGAUUACCCAUUUUUUUGUAUCUUUUUUACACCUUUUUAUUUUGCCUGCCUUCAAAUUUAUCCGCGUAAUUCUUGUUCAAGCUUGCAAUCUUGCCCUUUCUGUCUGAAGAUUUUGGAUUCGAUUUAUUAUAUUAGGGUUCACUAUUCCUUACUUCCCCUUUCUUAUUUGUUUAGCUCAAUCUUGGAUUCCCCCGGAUCGUCUCCCAGUCACUGAGAUAUGCAUUUGAAGAAGGCGUUUUGGAGCGACGGCCUCAGCUCGGAGUCGCAGAUUCUGUCCCCGUCGCCUGUCGGAGACCUCGUGAACUCACUCGACAGCCAGCGAGUGUACAGAGAAGUCACCCUUGCUCUCCGCACCGGCCUCAAGGACGCUCGCGCCGAGUUCUCCUUCCUCCGAGUCCGCGGCCUCCGCAGCAUCCUCAAAUUCCUCCGAUCCGUCGCCGAGUCCGACUCUACUAUCACACUCUUCUGCCACACCCAAUCCUUCUCCGAUCUCCGAGUUGUUCCAGUUCUUUUUCAACAUUCACUGAAAGAGCUGGAGGAGCAGAGGGUAGCAAAUUUGAAUCACAUUUUUGGUACUCAACCCAUGAAGAUAAUAACUCCUUCAAGUGAUUCUGAAGUUGCACUUGCACUUCGAGUUUUGGAGGGAUGCUGUUUGCUCCACAGAGAGAGCACAGUGCUGGCUCAUCAACACAAGGCAAUACAGGUUUUGAUGAAUAUAUUAUCAACUCGGGGAGUACUCGAGCAGGGUGCAUGCUUGGAUGCUUUAAUUUCAAUAAUGUUGGAUUCUUCAGCUAACCAAAUGGCCUUUGAGGCAUGCAAUGGCAUUGAGGAAGUUGCAGUACUCAUAAGAGACAAACAAGUAGAUGAAAAUUUGAGGCUAAAAUGUGGAGAGUUUUUGUUGCUACUCAUCGGGCAUUUAAAUGGGAGGGAAAGAGCUCCAAUGGCAACAAUACAUGAAGAUAUAAGGCGACUUUUGGGAGAGAAAUCUGCCUCUUUGAUUUGGGCAGCUAGUCAAUUUGGGUCAACACUUGAUCCAGAGCAGAGACUGAUAGCUUUACACAUCCAAGCUCGGAGAGUACUCGAGUCACUUGAUCUUUACUGAAUCUAAUCAUCAGAAUGUUCCAUUCACAUUCAGCACCACUAUGUAACCUUCACAUGAAAUUUCAGUAGCCGUUCCUGCUGCAAGUGCCUCAUUGGAUCCGAUUGGUUUUUUGUUGCAAGCCGGAGCUACAAGGAAAUAGUGGUUUGGAACUCUGUACUGGGGAUAUUGUAUUAUCAUGUGAAUCUGUACAAAUACAUGAGAAAUAUUAUGUCAAGCUUGUUAGCUACGUGUCCAUUC